GCUAACGUCCCACCUAGUUACGAUAGCUAACCUAGCUUAGCUAAUAUAAUUUGUCCAUCUAUCUAGGUUUAACGUGUAAGCUACAAUUAAAGCUAUGAACACUACGUUACCCUGUUUAGACAAACGUGUGACUAAGGUUAACGUGUAACUAAGGUUUCGGUAAUUGCCAAAUUGAGAUAAAGUCCUCGAAAUGGAAAGCGACGAAAAACUGCGGUCUCUCAUGUUUACACUUACUUACAUGCUAAUGAAACGACGGAGGGAUUUGAACAACGCAGACAUUCAGAGGCGAAAUGAAGUGCAACGGCGAAUCAGACACAGACAGUACUUUCUACAGAGACAAAGAAGAAUGCUUAUGAUGCUUAUUGCUCAAAGCACCCGAUCUGUCAGCGUUGCACGAACUCGUGCCUGGACCAACACAGAGAGCACUGAUUGGUGGGAGCGGGUGGUUAUGACAGAAUUCCAGCCCUCUGAUUGGCUGGAGCGCUUCCGCAUGAGCCGAGAGACCUUCUUCCUCCUGUGCGGGAAGCUGAAGCCCCGCCUCGCACGACAGGAUACCUGCCUGCGGCCAGCCUUGCCCCUGGAGAAGCGGGUCGCCGUGGCGCUUUGGCGGCUGGCAUCAAACGUGGAGUACCGCACCAUCAGCACUCUGUUCGGCGUGGGCCGCUCCACCGUGUGCAAGUGUGUGCGCGAGGUCUGCCACGCCAUUGCGGUCAUGCUCCGCCCGCUCUACCUCCGCACGCCCAGCGAGCAGGAGCUGGAAGAUGCCGCGCGUCUAUUCGGGACCCGCUGGGGCUUCCCACACUGCGUCGGCGCCCUCGGCAGCCUGCACGUGCCCAUCAUUGCCCCCACCAGCAACGCCGACAACUACUGGAACAGCCGUGGCUGGUUGUCAGUCAUCACGCAGGGUGCUGUCAAUGGCCUCGGCCAGUUCUGGGACGUGUGCACGGGCUUCCCAGGUAGCACCGAGCACUCGGCCAUCUUGCAGAACUCCACGCUGUGGGCAACAGGGUGCGAGGGAGGCCUCUCGCCCCACAACCCACCUCAGAGCUUCAUGGGCAGGCCAUUGGGGUAUCUGAUGCUGGGGGAUGCCGGGUAUCCUCUCCAGCCCUGGCUCCUGAAGGGCUACCCCGAGUCGGAGGGCCUGUCACCCGGGCAGCGGGCGUUCAAUCACCGCUUGGAGAGGGCGCGCAGCGUGGUGGACGACGCCUUCCUGAGGCUGCGGGCACGCUGGCAAUGCCUGCUGAAGAGGAAUGACUGUCACAUGGACGUGGUGCCUACCAUGAUCCUGGCGUGCUGUGUCCUCCACAACGUGUGCGAGGUGCACGGGGACACGUUCGUGGAGGAGUGGGUGGAGGCCGUCAAACAGGAGGAAAACCCCCAGCCGGCUGACGAGGUGCCUGCCUCAGCCGAUGACCCCAGUGGGGAGGUGGUGCGAGUGCUUUACUGUGAAUACUUCCUGCAGCAGGAGACUCAGAGGAACCAGCAGGAACAGCAGAACAGAGAGUAACUGUUCCCAGUGUACUACCACAGUGUUGCAGAAGAGCAAAAACUCAAUGGUUGAAGCUUAUUGAGCAAAGAGAAAUUGUAGGACAGAAGUGAUUCAAAGCCUGUGUCAGAUGGAGAUGAACUGUAAAGCGAGUUUAAUGAAUUUUGGUAUAUCGUUAUGCUUUCCGGUGACUUUUGGUUUUUCUUCAAAUGGUUCUUAAAAAAGUUUAUGUUAAAGGUGUUUGUCUUAUAAAGCAAUGUUUCCUCAAA